AUGAGAGCAUUUACUAUAGUUCCUAUAUUUUUUCUUUUAGGUUCUGCCUUGUUAUUAAUUCUCACUGUAAUCAAUGGUGCAGGAACAUCGUCUAUAUUGGGCAAGUUUUACUGGUCGGAAACUGACACUUCGGACAUACCAGGAGCUCAAUUUGGUAGAACUAGGUGGACAUUUUAUCGAAUCUGUGGAGUAAGAGAUGGUCAUAAUGCUGAUUGUACUAAAUCUUCAGCUGCUUAUCCUUAUUCCCCAAAGGAUAAUUUUGGUUCUGAACUGGGUUUACCAAACACUUUUAUUAGCUCAAGAGACACCUUUUAUUAUUUGAGUCGUAUUGGUUGGGCUUUUAUUCUUGUUGGAUUGUUUUUCACUGUUGUUGCUUUAAUUGUUGUUCCAUUGAAUUUCUGUUUAGCUAUUGGUGGUGCUUUGGCGGCAAUUUCAACAUUUUUGGCAUUUUUGUUUGUAAUUACUGCUGCUUGUUUAAUUACUGCUGCUCAUGUCAAAGGUAGAAAUGCUUUCAAUAACGCUGGUCAUAGUUCCAAGAUUGGUGCUAAAGCAUUUGGUAUCUUGUGGGCUGCUGUUGCUUGUUUAUUGAUUACUUUUGUCACUUCGAUUAUUUCUGCCCUUGGUACCAGAAGAUCAAACAGAAGAAGAGCGGGAUCAGGAGUUGGUGCUGAUGGUGCUUAUGCUGGUAGAGACUCAAAUGUUUACACUAAGGAAAGUGAUGGUGAUUAUGCCCAAGCCAAUUAUGAUGAAUCUGCUAAUAGAGGUGUUUCUGGUGUUGGUGUUACUCCAGGGGUGGCUGGAACUGGUGUUCAUGAUGAACCUAUUUCCGAUGCUUCUAAAUUUAGAUUCUUUAGAGUCAAGAGAGCCAAACCUGAGGAAAUCUAA